AUGGAGCAGUUUUCCGUGCUGCUGGCCCGCCAGAUCGACACGACGGUUGGCGGAACCGGCGACAGCGCCGGCUCGGACGACUCGGAGGAGAGCGGCAUCAACAAGACGGUCGACGGUAUCACGGCCUACGUCAACAAGCUCAGCGUCCCUGCUGCCAACACGUUCCUGAUGGUCCUGCUCAUCAUCGCCAUUGUCAUCGCCGCCAUUGUCGUCAGUAUUCUUCUCGUCAAGGUCAUCCUCGAGUUCUGGGCCCUCUUCGGCAGCUUCCCCAAGGCCCUGUCCGGGUUCCGCGAGCACUACUGGGGUUCGAUUGCGCGCACCAUCACGUCUCUGAUCCUGCUGCUCUACGGCAUCUGGGUCCUCUACUGCAUCUUCCAGUUCACCCACGGCGACUCGUGGGCGGCCAAUACGCUGGCCGGCGUGACGCUGGCCGUCUUCACGGGCAUCCUCGCCUUUUUCGCCUGGAAGAUCUGGAACACGGCGCGCAAGCUCAAGCAGGCCGAGGGCGACAGCUCGGGCCUGUACGAGAAGAAGGAGGUCUGGGUCAAGUACUCGCUCUUUUACGAGUCGUACAAGAAGGACUACUGGUGGCUGUUCAUCCCCAUCAUCAUUUACAUGUUCGCCAAGGGCACCAUCAUCGCGGCGGGCGACGGCCACGGCCUGUUCCAGGCGUCGGGCCAGCUCAUUGUCGAGCGCUGCUGCUGA